AAGAUAAGAAACACCUACAGAGGAAUGAGAUUUAUUUGCUAUUGAAAAUUCUUAUAGAGAAUAUGAAGAGAGCUGGGCAUGUCCCAGAUGUUGGUGACCACGAGGCUUGUGAUGAGCAAAGUGACUUAGAGUUUUGAAGGAGGAUAUUCCUGUUUUUUAUAUUAUCUGCUAAAUGUCGGAAGAUUUUUAUUCGGAGCGCCCAUUGUUUGGCGGUGCCAUCGUUAGCACUUUCCCUCUUAGGUUUCAGGAUGUAAGCAAUGUUCGACAAGUUCCUGAUCAUCAGGAGGUAUUUGUGGAUCCUGCACGUGAUGAAAGCUUGAUCUUUGAGCUUUUAGAUUUUAAGCAUGAUGUUGGAGAUAAUGGAAGUGCUACCUGGUUUCUUCAAGAUCUUGCUACUGAACAAGAUGCUGAAGGAUGCACAUUGAUUGAGCACUCUGGAGUAGUUGAGGCCCCUGGUUUGCAUUACAGGAAUAUUCCUUCUGUUGUUACCACUGCUGUUGGCCAAAUGGCAAUUUCUAAGGGACGACAAGGAAGAGAAGCACAAAAUGUUGUAAAGGUUUAUUUGGCAAAUUUACGCCUUAAAGCAGUUGCUACAGAUGUGUUAAUAACUGCAUAUGAACCGGUCUUAAUAAAUCCUUUGAGUGAAAGCGCAAGCACAGUUGGCGCUGGUUUGGCAGUUCCUGCUGCACAAUCUGGAUUUUUGCCGAUGGCUGAGGUCUUUAAGCUUGUUGUCUCUACCUUCAAAGUUAAUGACUGGAACCUUUUUGGUAGUUCUGCGUGAAAUAUGUUCAAAGGGUAGCUACCCAAGAAUAGCAAGUCAUAUUUAUGUAAAUAUAGAGUUUGGAUAAGAAUUCUCAAGUAAUUUUCGUGUUUUUUUCCAACUUCAUAUUUAUGUAAUUUCACUGAAAGAACAUUAAAUGUAACCUUUUUUCUUGUUUAGAUAAA